CCAACUAGCGCGGCCUCUCGCCGCCUAGCCGCGGGCACCGGCGGUGGGCGGGGCCAGCAGCGCAAACGGCAGCAGCGGGGACCGGACCUGCACAGGCCGCCUAUGACGGGCGGCGGGUGGGCCCGCGAGUCACAGCUGGCCAACCGGGGCCAGCCAGGAGCCUGAGGGUCGGAAGCCCAAGUCAACACAAGAUGCUGAGCUCCUUCCUGAACCCCCAGAAUGGCACCUGGGCAGACACCUUCUCUCUGCUCUUGGCUCUUGCCAUUGCCCUCUACUUGGGUUACUACUGGGCAUGUGUGCUUCAGAGGCCUCGGCUGGUGGCUGGGCCGCAGUUUCUGGCCUUCCUGGAGCAACACUGUUCCAUCACUACGGAGACUUUCUACCCAACGCUGUGGUGUUUUGAGGGGUGACUACAAAGCAUCUCCCAAGUCCUCCUGCAGUCUCAGCCCCUAGUCCUUUAUCAGAGUGACAUUCUCCAAACACCAGAUGGAGGCCAGCUCCUGCUAGACUGGGCCAAGCAGCCUGACAGCAGCCAAGACCCUGAUCCUACUACGCAGCCCAUUGUGCUGCUGCUUCCUGGCAUCACCGGCAGUAGCCAGGAGACAUACGUCUUGCACCUAGUUAACCAAGCUCUGAGGAAUGGCUACCAGUAAGGAUGGCUGUCGUGUUUUAACAACCGGGGCUGCCGUGGGGAGGAACUGCGGACACACAGGGCUUUUUGUGCCAGCAAUACUGAAGAUCUAGAGACAGUCGUGAACCACAUAAAGCACCGCUAUCCCCAAGCUCCACUGCUGGCCGUGGGCAUCUCUUUUGGAGGGAUACUGGUGCUGAAUCAUCUGGCACAGGCCGGGCAGGCUGCAGGGCUGGUGGCAACACUGACUCUGUCUGCAUGCUGGGAUUCCUUUGAGACCACUCGCUCCCUGGAAACCCCACUCAACUCACUGCUCUUCAAUCAGCCCCUCACUGCUGGGCUCUGCCAACUUGUGGAACGAAACAGAAAGGUGAUUGAAAAGGUGGUGGACAUAGACUGUGCUCUGCAGGCCCGCACAAUCCGCCAGUUUGAUGAGCGCUACACAUCUGUGGCCUUUGGAUAUCAAGACUGUGUUACCUACUAUAAAGCAGCAAGCCCUAGAACCAAGGUAGAUGCCAUCCGGAUCCCUGUGCCCUGUCUCAAUGCAGCAGAUGACCCCUUUUCUCCCCCGUCUGUGGUGACCCUUCCCAUACAGGCCGCCCAACACUCCCCCUACGCUGCGCUGCUCAUCACAGCCCGGGGUGGCCACAUCGGCUUCCUGGAAGGGCUGCUCCCAUGGCAGCACUGCUACAUGAGCCGCCUCUCGCAUCAGUACGCCAAAGCCAUCUUCCAGCACCCAGAGGGGCUGCCUGACCUCAGGGCUCUCUCACCUUCUGAGGACAGAAAUAGCUGACAAGAGUACC